CCCUCCGUUUAACGAAUGAGCGCGCUCGUCUAGUUCGGCUACCCGCGGCGCAGGAUUCUAGUUCCCUGCGGGAGGCUGAUGCUGUCAACCGCGUCGCCGAGAUGCCUGUGCCCCCGUCCCUUUUCCCCUGCGUGUCAUGAGCUGCCCUAAAGACUCUUCACGCCCGCCUCGACGGUCCUGGGAGGCCCUGGCUGAUCUGGCGAUGGUGAUCUCCACCGCGUUGGGCCCCGGGGCUGCCCGCCUCUUUUACUACCCGACCCUCUUGUACACGCUGGUGCGGGAGCAGCUGCCUGGCUCGCAACGGCCAUGGUUCAGCCGCAUCGACCGCGCCGUUGUCUUGGGAGCCCUUCCUCUGCGGGGACGCUGCCGCCAGCUGGUAGAAAAAGAGAACAUCCGAGGAGUGCUUACCAUGAAUGAAGAGUAUGAGACUCGCUUCCUGUGCUGUUCUCCAGAGGAAUGGGAGGCAAUGGGUGUAGAACAAAUGCGCCUUAGCACUGUGGACUUGACUGGAAUCCCCUCACUGGAAAAUCUGCAGAAAGGUGUCAAGUUUGUACUGAAACAUCGUGAACGUGGAAACAGUGUCUAUGUGCAUUGCAAAGCUGGACGCUUUCGCAGUGCCACCAUGGUUGCUGCUUACUUAAUUCAGGUCCACCAGUGGACUCCUCAGGAAGCAAUUGAAGUCAUUGCUAAGAUUCGUCCUCAUAUCAUUGUCCGUCGUAAACAGCUGGAGUUAUUAGAGGACUUUCAUAAGUCUGUAACUGAUGGAAAUCCUGCACAGCUACAGCAGAAGCCAACAGAUGCAAAACACCAACCACCACAGAAUACACAAAGAGAGACAAAGCCACCAAAAGAUAUUCAAGUUUCCCCUCUGAAAACAUCUGGUUCCUAAUUUAUUGCUUAGGAGCAACUUAUCAGUCAGUUCGUUUCUGCAGUGGUAGAAUAAAAGUUUUAAUUACCGCCUGCUUUGCAAUCAAUAGAUGAGCGUGCUUUGCCUGUUAUACUGUCUCUGCUUCUUGAUUACUUUAGAGUAGAUGCAUGGGACCUCUUGACAAUGCUUUUUUCUCUCAAAUACAAGGUAUUAUGAAAUCAUAGUGCUGUUCCAGUAAAAGCCUUUAUUGAGAUUUGUACCCCCAGUUCUUACAGAUCAAUAAGGAGGGGUUGACACCUAGUAUCAGGGUAAUGACGCAGUACAAGGGUAAAUUUGCUAUUCAUAUCAGGUGGAAAUGCAUUGGGCAAUAGCAACCCGCUCUUGUCACAGAAAAACAACAAAUCUGUAAUAUGCAUUACUUAAAGUAAUUCUAGCUCAAUAAUUGUCUUCUGCAGUUCUAAUAAGGAGGACUUUACAAGAAAUCA